CGACUUGGGUGUGCUGGAAGAUCGUGGAGCAGUGUGUUGUUAAAGAAGAAGAACAGCAGAGCCAGCCAACAACCAGGCUUCUAAUAUCACCAGUGUCCUGUACAUGUCACCACCCACCCAUCAGACCGGCUGUAGCCCACUCCGGAUCAACUUUCCAAUUGACCAGUGCCCUGGUAUAAGCCCCCUGGGGCACAUUGCCGCUCCACUGCCCCGUCAUGCAUGCACGACUUCCGGAGCCAGUCCCGGUGCAGGUCCGUCGCAGCUGGCUUCUGCCAAACUGGGUCUAUCCGAGAUGAGUCGAUUGAGUCGAGCAGGAGUACCGACCCCGAGAGGGGAUACGGUCAAAUUAGAUGAAGAUUUGACGGCACCACGGUUGUUGCUUGCUGACUUCGAUCACCAGCCGACAGGACAUCGUGUCGAGUCAACGACCACAUAUGAUUCACGUCAAGCACCACCGCGCAAUAAAGGCUAUUGGCUCGACGAUUGCCGUGUGGGUCUGACUUUUCAAGAGUCUUUGGACGAAGACGAGAAAAGGCAAAAAACGACAGCAGUCGGAUUUGAACCGACGCCUCCGAAGAGAAUAGAUUUCUAGUCUAUCGCCUUAGACCACUCGGCCAUACUGU